AAACCUUUUCAUUAUUCUUUAGGUCUCAUUCAAAUACUGUGGCUUCACGUUAAUCCUGAUCAAUCCUGAUCUAAAUGUUUUAAGAUAUUUUGUACUCAGUAUAUCUUUUGAUAAGAUCGAAAAUGUGGCGCAAUGCUUUACUUGUUGUUAAUCUAUGUGUUUUUGGCUUUGUUGCUGGCAAAAGCUUUCCAGAGGUGAAUGGUGGAUGGCACAUCCACGUGACACUGCACGUGUUUUCCGGUCGGGUAGAUCCCACGUGGACAAUACCAUACAGUCACGUGGACUACAAAGAAAUCAUUCAGCUUAUGGGCACGAAACCUGACAGCCGUCUUUUUAGCAGGCUUGGUUACAAGGGAUUUACAUUGGUGCAUGUGCCGCCGGGACAUUUUGUCACUUCCGGUUCUCAUUACAAUGCAACAGUGACGUCAUAUCCUGAGUUAGAAAUGAAAAUUCUUAUGACGUCACUUGAGAAAAAAGAAGAAAGUGGGAUUGACGAAUACAUAAUUGACCAUACAAAACAAGCGAUAUUAGAGUCACGAAGACAUCGUCGAAGUUCCAACAAUCUUUAUGAUUCCCUUUACCCGGACUACGGUUACGGUGACCUACUUUUCCGCCCGUCCACCGCAGACCCCCUCAACCUCCUGACGGACAACGAUAUGUACAAGCUGAUCAAGCUUCUUGGGGACGAUAAGCGUCUAUUGAAUAAAUCGACCACACCCCCGCCAAGCGGCCCAACCCAGUUUGAUCCUCUCAAGUGGAACAAGUACUUUGUGAAGGACCACAACAAUUGUUAUAACUACGCCAACAACAAAAUUACGGACACGUUUGCUCAGCCAGGACGUGCCGGAAGUUGCGAAAUUGGCACACACCCUACCGGAAAUGACUUCAAGCGGGCCGCUCUAUGUGACGGUCUUAAAGAAAUACUGACCCCUAGAGACGUGCCCGUUCCUGACAGUGGGUGGAACCUUGUUGCUCUCGUGUUCUGGCCGCCAAAACCAGGAAGCAUGUUGUUCGACUUUCAUUGGUAUAGAUUGGAUGGCAAUUCCCGAUGGUCGCAUAAGCCUGGCCGAACUGUAGCUACGAAUGUGGACGACAGCAAGAAAGCAAUCAGAGACCCGCGAACUGCCGACAGAGGACCAUACACCGAGUUCGUUGCCUUCUUAGAGACUCGCCAAGAUAAAGUGCUCCUAAUCUAACAGAAAAAUCCACCUGAAGCCCUCGGACAUUAUACGGAUUCAAUUAAGCUGAGAAAUAGCACAUGGACAUAAAUUGAUUGGUUUACAGAAAUAUUGGACAAAUAUAAACCAAUCACAAAACAGAAUUACGUCUUUUGCCUACAAUAUGACAGUAAAUGAGAUAAUAUCGGAUAGAAAUUGGUAACUUAUUGUCAGGAUUAUGCAAUUAUGGCUAAUAUUAAAUCGAUACCAAUAAACAACUAGAUAUUUUUUAUUAAACCUGCAUUCUCACAGAUUUACCAUUUUUACGACUUUUAUUUUUUGUCUUGGAAAGAACAAAUUUUUGCGUAAAUAUCUGCGAACCAAAGAUAUAAGAUUGCUGACAUAAAAUCAAAUCGCAGAUAUUCAUAUUUCCGUUCGAAAAUUAAUGUUUUGAACUUAAAUAUAAAAACCUGCGAUCUAAUUGUUUUUGACAGCAGUCUUAUUUAUCUGGUUUCCAUGGAUUUUCGCAAAUUUUGGCUCUUUCCAAGCCAAAAAUAAAGAAGUUGACAAAACGUUCAAUCUGUAAGAGUGCAGUUCUAAGUAAAGAUAGUAUAAGUUGUUUGCAGUUGGCUGCAGUUGCUCAAAUCUUGGAUAGUUUAUCAAAUUGGACAGGCAAAAUAAUUUCAUUCAAAUUGUGUGUGUUAGGAAAUGCAAAAUAAGUUGUCAUGUAUUUAG